UCUUGUCAGGGUAAGGUCUACGCCCUUAGUGAGGGGCGCGCGGCACACGACAGGCAGGCUGGCAAGCAGCACGGAAACCCUGACCAGGAGGGUCGGAAAUCCGCAUGGCAGCCUCGAACGACAAGACCGCUUCCCUAUUCGUCACCAAGGAGAAGUUUCUAUCCGCAGCGAGAGAGACGUCGCUGCAGGACGCCACCGCCGAAGCCUUGUGGCAGAAACUGGCCGACGCCUCCUCGCAGCGCAUCAUUGCCGGCGCAACAGCGCCUCGGGAGGAUGCGGCGAACGUGAACCAGUGGCACUGGAGCGAGCAGGACCUGUUGCCGUGGUGUAAGGAGCGUCUCACCGCGCUGCUGGUCGGCGUUGAGGCCUCUGGCGUGCCCGACAAGGGCUGGGUGCGGGUGACUGGGCUGGAGAGCUGCACGGGCGAGGCAUCAGUCUCCAACCGGAAGGGAAAGCGCAUCGUGGCCUACGAACUCGACGUGAAGCUGAAAUGGCAGGGCUCUGUCGACUACGACGACGUGGAGGGCACACUGAUUCUGCCCUACGUGUCUGAGGACGUGUCUGAUGGAGCCUAUGAGGUCAAAUGGAGCGCGAAGGAGCCGAACGAUGGCUCGCACCAGAUGGCGCUGCGCUACUUGAAGAAGCAGCUUCCGCAAAUCCAGGAGAAGCUGAAGGUCUUUUAUUCCGAGAUCAACGCCAAGUGAGGGAGGGAGACAGCGGCGGGGGCCUGGGACGCGGCCGGCGAAGCGCGCGCAUGCCUCACAUGCGGCUGAUUCGGCUUUGACCGUGUGGAUACCGCGGCCCAGACCAUCGCGCAUCGGCAUCGCGCUCCCUCCGCCCCUCCCGCCGCGGGGCGGGCUCCAUGGGCAUGGCGCCGAGCCGGUAAUGCACCACAAACGCGCACUCGCGGUGUCUACCGUAGUGAUUAUAGCUAUGUGCUGUUUGCGUAC